GUGCCCUUAGACGUAUCCGUCCUCAACCACAUAAAACUUGGAUCUCUCAAAUUGACUCAAUUUAGAGCGUAGUAGCUGGUAAUCUUGAUACUUUACGCGUACACAAAAUUAUAUACACUAUUCCGUUACGUGUAAAGGCGUUUGGUCGUUGGUUUUCACGAACACCAACGAAACGCUGCUCGGUAAUCAAAGACAAGUCAUCUCUCGCUGGAUUUGUACGUUUGUUUUCAAGUUGGUUGGAUAUAACGCGUUUAUGAGCCUUCUUAUUCAUGGAGAAUCCGUGGAGAAUACGCUGCAUUUGCUCAUUCGAAGACGAUGACGGAUUCACCAUACAAUGCGAACGCUGUGAUGUUUGGCAGCAUGCAGUCUGUAUGAAUAUUGAUCCGAAUCACAUUCCUGACGAAUACAUCUGUGAAGAGUGCCAACCACGGCCUGUGGACCGAAAACGAGCCUAUGAAAUCCAACAUGCUCGCAAGUUGCUCGAGGAAAAGAAAAGUACGCCACAGCGGAGACGUUCAGGCAGUACUAGGGGACGGGGAGUCGCCCAUGGUUCGACUCGUCUUUCGCAUUCUCACAUUUCGAAAACAGCGACGAACAAUGACUCUGUCUUCGUGCAUCAAUCACCAGCUCGCAGUUCAAGCACGUCCACAACAUCCACUCGCACAUCUACGCUAACUGGCAAUCGCCGACGUCGCUCCCAUGCCCAUUCACAUUCGGCAGAACGUUUGUUGGAGUCAAAUGCCGGCAAAGAGUCUACCCCGUAUCGUUUGGAGUAUGUUCCAAUUGCCCGGAACAUAAUGUCGGCUAAGGCGAAACAAGUAUUAUCUACUUGUCGACUAAAAACAGUUUCAUCCAACAGCGUUUCCGACUGCUGCAGCGUCGUUCCCGUUGAAACACAAAAUUUCUGCGCCAGCAAGUUUGGAUUGUUCGCAACACGGGACAUAAAACCGAAAUCCUUGAUUACCGAGGUCAUGGGAGAUGUGUAUACGUUCGAUGAAUACAAGCAUGAACCCAGAAAUCAGUAUCAAUGUAUUGGUGUCACGAAACGCUGUGUCUUCUAUAACGCUGAAACGGGUCUUGUGGUUGACGCGAGGGUUCGGGGUUCAGACGCUCGUUUUGCUCGGAACAGUUGUCAGCCUACCGUCGGUUUGACUGCUGUCCGUGUCAACAAUUUGCACGACGAGGUUCAUUUUUUUCUCGUUGCUUUAUCACACAUCAAGGCAGGAACAGAGUUGACAGUUGACUGGAACUUCGAUGAGCAUCAUCCAUACCACGAGUUGUUAAAUGAAACUCCCAACGAGCACACUCUUUUGCGUUAUGAUCAUUGGAAAGCCCUAGAAAAUCUCACGUCAACUAUUUUGACUAUGUCGGAUUGUGCAAUGACUGAUUAUAGAGAUUGUGUAUUCGUAAAAAUCUUAAGCCUGUUUCAAGAUUGUGCCGCUCUCGUUCCUUUUACACUUUCGUUGCCCAUGGGCAGUCUUUCAACCUAUAAUGCUACUCGAGCCGAAUAUUUGUAUCGAGACUCGAGUAACAAACCAACAAGUUUCAAGCCAACACUCCCAUUUUUCACACAAUUGCCACCCACCAUGUCUCUUAAACAGAAGUGGAUUGAACGAUAUGUUAAUAAACGAGAGGCUCAGUUAGCCGCUGCUGUUGAACCAAUGUCAAUGGACUCAAACAACAAAUUGGCGGUCGAGCAGUCCGUUGAUAAACUUGUUGUUUCCAUUAGCGCUGAUUCUCCUAAAGAGCGUAAGCGGCUGCCUACAAGCUCUUCUUUGGCCGAAAAUGCUACGGACGGGUCGCAUGACUCGUCUGAAUCUACCGAAAUUCUGCCUGCAGCCAACGUGAAGAAAAUGAAGGCGAAUUCACCCACGCUGUUACCCACUGAGCAUUUGGUGGGCAAUACUGAGCAUAUUGCAAGGGAGCCUCUGAAAAUAGAAGGACCCACAAAGUUAGAGGGUAUGGUGUCGUCUCCCUUGGCAAUGCACUCUAUGACGAGCAUCCCCACGUUAGAGGAUGCAUUGGACGAGAAAAAGCCUUCUCCCAAGGCUCUUGACGCCGAGUCUCCAAACCCAUUGUCACCAUUGCCUUUGCUCGCCACUGAGCGGGAUGGUGAUGCUUGUGUCUCACCCAAAAAGAAACGGCUCUCCCGAACGGAGAAGAAUAAGAACAGUGUUCCAUCGAUUGCCCAGCGGACAACUUCUACACAUUCAAUGAAACCACCUGUCAAUCAUGCCCCGCCUACUCCUCCUGCAGCAUCUGCGAAUCUCGCGUCAACAACUUCCAUCCCACGCUCUACACCUUCCUUACGAAUUACAAUAACGGACUCUCCUAUCUCAGCUGUUCCAAAGCCAAUUGAUCCUACGGUUACAUCGCCUUCCAUGAAUCACCAUUUCCAUGCUGUACACGCAAGUUCUUCAAAAAGCAUUGCCUCAACGCCUACAUCUGCCCAUGUUUUGUCACCCUUGUUGAGUGUCGAUCCAUUGCCUACCCUGCCUUCUGCUCUCUCUCCGGACACUACUAAAGCCGAGCCCUCGUUGUCUCCUCAAUUGCCCGUUCAUCCAAGCAGUGAUGUUGUUCCCGCAACUGCUGCUACUCCUGCAUCCUCUAAUCCUAAGAAGCUUACCUUAUCCGAAUAUCGGAGGCGGCGGCAGUCCUUGGCUAAAACAGCGGUAACACCUAAGAACGUUUCGCCUAUUGAAGCUCCACCCAGUGGCUUGCCAACCCUUUCGCCUACCUCCUCCAUCUCUGUCCCUACCGCUACAGUCCCUCCCGUGUCCUUUUCUCCAAUCGCUAAUAUGACCGAUCCUUUUCCUGCUGAAACAGCUACUGCAUGCAAGGUCAAUGCACCCUUGCCCCCAUCCACACAAUCUAAUGCCCCUCCGAGAAUGAGUGAUACAGAGGAAGUCUCGGACAGUCACUGGUCCUCCAAUUCUUCGAAUGUUUGUGCUACUUCUAAAGUGUGAGAUGAACUAAGGGUAAGCGGACAUCUGGUGCCUGUUUAUUUUGGGAUUUAUUCGGUUGCUGUAUCCUUUGUAAGUCCGCUUCUGAUGUUGUUCUAGUCUUCUUUUUUCUUCGUUGCGUGCCAUUACAUGGUCAUGUCAUGUCUUGUCAUUCGUUAUGUUAUUCACUUAUGGGUCUAUGGUGUUCCGUGUUCUCCGGGUUCUUUCAUUUGUCUUUUAUUCUUAUACAUUUUUUACAUAUUACGCUAUUUUUACUUUUGCUCUAUGACUUUACGUUUUAUGAAACGGAGGACGAAUCUGGAUAAGAUUUUCUUAGUCUUGAAAUAGUGUUAUCCUUCGUCUAAAGCCCGUGACUGAGUCUUUAAAUCUUUCGGAUUUGUCUCUCAAUUCCUUUAUGGCCGAUUUUUCACCAUGUCUGUUCGUUGUGUUUGUUUAUUGCUUUUGGACUAGCUCAAUCGCUUAUCUCGGAGUGUUAGUGAAAGAUCGUUUUCUUAUAUUGUUGGGCUAUCUAUGGGAUUUAUGUCUACGUUGUUCACGUUUGCGUAUCCAGCGUAGCAGCUUUUUUUACUCCGUUUUCCGUCUGCUAUCUUUAACGUGUUUUUUUUUUCUUAUUAGGGACGCUACGACGUUGCUCUGCAUUACGGUGGUGGUAUACGAAGCCGAGAAUGUGUGGAGUGCUUCAAGUGUUGAAGUAACUAUCCAUCACCAAGGAAUCAACACCGUCCUCC